ACGAACGUCAUCGUCGUCGUCAUCAUCACUGGCACAAGCUCUUUCUCACACAUCACUGCAUCAGUCGUACCAUUCACAACAGUCCAGUCUCAUUAGUUACGAUCGAAGUUGUUCAACAAGUCGUCAAAGUUUGCAAACGCAUGCCGCCGCAACUGACAGCGCCAAACAGAAUGACAAGCAUAGCGUGCAAAGUAUAAUACUGGAUGACACAUUUCUUUCGUCGGGCAUAUCGUGCCCCAGUGAAACACAAUCUGAAGCCAGUACAAACUCUCCAACAUUCCAUAAAUCGAUUCUUCAGCGCCUUUCAAUGGCAAUCAGUAGUAAGAACGUUCAUGCAGAAAAUACUAGCAACGCUGAAGAUAAUGUACUGAUUUCAAAUGAAUUGACGACUACAACAACUAAUAAAAACCAACAAGAAGAACAACAAGAACAGAAACGACAACAAUAUGAUCAAAUGCAGCAGCGUCAGCACAAGCAGCAACAGCAACAGCAACAAUGUUGUAAUAUUGUUUAUUCUAAUGAGCCUAAGUUGUCUGCGCUUCGUGAAGAUGCUAAUGUAUUUACAACAUUGUUGCCUGCUACUGAUCUCUGCAGUUUAAAUAAGUGUCGCAAUCGUAAUGCCGUUUGGAUGCAUGCUACCAAUUCGAAUUCUUAUUGGCUGGCUGACGACUUGCAAUUGAGCGAUAUCGAAGAACAAUUGCACAAAAUGCAAUUAAGCCAAUCAAACUGCCUCCCGCAGAACGAUAACAACAUCCAGCGCAAAACGGAGUUGAGCGAUGAAGACUUGCAUAAAAGCAAAACACUAGAAUUCAACUCAUUUUCAUCAUUAUCUGAAUCUUGUGUUAAUAACAUUCCAACGAGCAGAGCUCAUCACGAACUGCUGGCUGAGGUCAUUAUGCAGCAACCUAACGAUUAUUAUACGCAAACAGAAAGUGAACUAUUGCAAUUGGAGGCGUCUGGCCUGCACUUGCCCGCCUAUCAAUUACAAAGUGAUUCAUUACAACAGCAACAGCAUCAGCAUCAGCCUCAGCAACAACAUUUGCAGCAGCAGCAGCAGCAGCAGCAACAACAACAACAACACCAUCAACAGUUUCAACAACAUCCGCCGCGUAAUACCGAUCAUUCAACGCCGCCGUCUUCAUCAAACGCCACACCCACUCCUACCACAAGCCACGCAGACCCGGCAUCGAGUAGUAGUAAUGGUGGUGGCAGUAACAGUACAACCCCAGCACAUUUUGUUGCACCCAUGCAACGUCAACGCCAUUGCCAACCGCCUACAAAUUUGUCACUUAGCUCUGUGACGUCAACCUUACGUGCCAAUUAUAAGACUGCUUCCUAUUUGCAUAAUCAUCAUCAACAAUUGGACUUCCAAAGAAAUUCGCAAUCAGACGACGACAGCGGAUGUGCUUUAGAAGAAUACACGUGGGUGCCGCCAGGCUUAAGGCCAGAUCAGGUUCGCUUAUACUUUUCGCAAUUGCCUGACGAUAAGGUUCCUUAUGUUAACAGUGCCGGUGAAAAGUAUCGUAUUAAGCAACUACUGCAUCAGCUGCCGCCACAAGAUAACGAAGUGCGCUAUUGUCAUUCCUUAACCGAUGAAGAACGCAAGGAGCUGCGCAUAUUUUCAGCCCAACGUAAACGUGAAGCUUUAGGACGUGGAGCUGUUCGUUUGCUGCCUGAUGAAAGGCCUUGUAAAAAUUGCAACGAACAACUCUCGCCCGGUGACAUUGUGGUGUUUGCUCAACGUGUUGGCGCUCAGAUCUGUUGGCAUCCUGCCUGCUUUGUGUGUUGUGUUUGCAAAGAAUUACUGAUGGAUUUAAUCUACUUUCAUCGCAAUGGCAACCUCUACUGCGGACGUCAUCAUGCCGAAACCCAAAAGCCGCGCUGCUCCGCCUGCGAUGAGAUAAUAUUUUCUGAUGAGUGCACCGAAGCCGAAGGUAGGACGUGGCAUAUGAAACACUUUGCUUGUUUCGAAUGUGAGAGACAAUUGGGUGGGCAACGUUACAUUAUGCGCGACGGUAAACCUUAUUGCCUGAAGUGUUUCGAUACCAUGUUUGCUGAGUAUUGUGACUAUUGUGGCGAUGUGAUUGGAGUUGAUCAGGGUCAAAUGUCUCAUGACGGCCAGCACUGGCAUGCCACUGAUCAAUGCUUUUCCUGUUGCACUUGUAGAUGUUCCUUAUUGGGUCGGCCAUUUCUUCCACGUCGUGGUACUAUUUACUGCUCUAUUGCAUGCAGUAAAGGCGAACCGCCAACACCAUCAGAUACUAGUUCAGGACCGCAUCUAAGACCUACACAUCGCGCUAGUACAACAAGUCAAAUAGCCAGAUCUCCUCGACCGAAUAGAAGUCAAAGUGGUAAAAAUACCAGCAGUGCUGGUAACCUGAUGGACUCACAAGAACGGCAAAGAAAAGAGGAAUUGGACUGUUUAAUAUUAAGUCAAAAUCUGGAAAGUGGCGGCGUACCAGGUAUACAUAGACCAGCGCAUCCACCACCAAUAGACUUAACUGAAUUGGGUAUAAGUUUGGAUAACAUAUGCGCACCGGAUAAGUCCAUUUUUGGUGAAACGAAUCUAAACACAUCAUUACCCGACAUGCUGAUAUCGAAAGGUGAUGAUUCGCACAGUUACCAGAGUAUAGAUAAAAUCAAUAUUAAUUCGCCUAGCAAUUCUGAAUUGACUGAAAGUACUCAAGAAAUCAGCAAUGAAUUGGAAGCAGAUAAUGAAAAUGCUUUGUCUCCCGGCAGUUAUGAGCGUAUCAAGGAGGAUCAUGAAGAAACAGAACCCAAUGACGAUGAGCCAGAGGAAGACGGGGAAGAGGUGGAAGACGAUGACGACGAUGAGCAAAGUAAUCGUCAUAUCACCAAAGAGGUACGUUUCCAUAGUAUCCACGAUACUAUGUCGCGUUCGAAAAGCUACACCGAUAAUUCGAAUGCACGGCGACGUCGACGCAAACGCAAUCAGGCGCGCAGUUCAUCCGAAAUGCAAAUUAAUCAGACCAAUUUAAGGCUGCAUAAUGCCCAAACCCAAGCCGGUACAAGUACAAUAAAAAAUGUGGAGAAUUGCGAUGCGACCAGCAUCUGUUCAACUUGUUCGUCCAGUUCUUCGAGCGGUAUGGAUGAUUAUGUCUAUCGUUUGCCAACGCGUAAACAUUACGGUGGCGUACGCGUAUCUUAUGUGCCCAAUGAUGCGAUUGCCUAUGAAAAGAAAAAGAAACAAGCUUUGGAAGAAGCUAACAGUGCAUCUAACAGUAAAUACGGUAGCACGUCAGGUAGUAAUAAUGGCAAUCCUAUGAUGGGUAGCGAAAACAAGAACUGCAUUAUAUCAUGACCGCCUCCCCUGCUACCACCGCCACCUUUUAAUUUAAGCAGUUAUUACAUUUUGGAAACUAUUAUGGAAGAGGAGCGUCUCGUUACGCUUGAUAAGAAGCCCGGUUGCUUUAGAAGAUUCUGGAAUCUCUUAAGCUUAACCAAAAGCAAACAAACAAAAUAUUUUCAGAAUGUCUAAGACCAUGGCUACCAGGCACAGGUUUAGAUGUAAAAAUACCAUUUUAAAAACAUAUGUUAAAAUUUAACAAUUUUUACAAGAAAAAAAUAUUUUCUUUUUUGUUUAAAUAAGAUUUCAUUGUCCUGCCAAUAUACGAUUUUAUAAAAAGAGUGAAAAAUGUAAAUAAAAAUAUUUGAGCGAAAAAAAAAAAAAUGUGGUUCGUGAACAAAACUAUACCUAAAUGUAUAUAUACUUGGAUGUCGGUGCAUAUGAAUGUAACUUUCAUAUCGUAGUUUUAGGUCUAAAGCAAAAAAGAAAAGCAAAUCACUUUUAAAGAUAGAAAGAAUAUUGAAACGUGUACAAAAGCAUAGUUUAGUGUACACUAUGUCCGUAUGAAACGCACCUUGUAGGUUAAAGUAGAUUAAGAAAAAAAAAAUUUAUUUUAAAUAAAAGUUUUUAGAACAGAAGCAAACAAAAACUGUAUAACAAUAACUCAAAGUCCUCUUAAAUCAAAGACAACGAACAAUAAAACUAAAAUCAAAGAUUUUGCAAAACGAAAUAAAUACGAAGCGACAGAAUAACAACGAAACUUCUUUUCUUUUAUUUCAUUCUAGUAUUCGAACUUAAAUAACAAUAACAAUAAUAAUAGUAAUAAAAAAAAAUGAAUAUAAUUAUAUUUUAUUAUAUAACUCCCCACAAAAACUAAAGCGGUUUCUUCCAUAGUCUUCGUAUACACACACCAAUAGCACCAUUCUUUCUUCAUAUAUUUGCUUUCUUACUUGGCGCUGAGCAUAUAAUCUUAUCAAAGCAUAUCAGUUCUCUCCUCUCCUUUUAAAACUCGCAAAAAUCCUACAGGGCCGGCUAAUUAUUCGGCUCGAAAUAGUGUUUCGCGCACAAUAUGUAAGGGGUUAUCACAGCUGAGCUGGGCGUGUCAGCUGAGGUAUCGGAAAAUUUACGUACAGCAUCACUGAUGUAUGCACCACCCAGAAGCUUGUCUGUCCGUCUGUCCGUGUUUUCUUGUGUUCAACCUACGUCGCUGUUGUUGGUAUAUUUUCGUGAGAUUUGGUACGCUCACUAGUUUUGAUUAAAGGACGAGCGACAUUGAAAAUGGUUGGCAUCGGGCCAUUGAAAAUUCGUUAUAUAAAUAACUUUGGGGUGGGGUAGGAUCCAUGACCCUUAAGUUAACCCAAGAGAACAUCCGUACUCUGUUUUAGUUCAACUACUCUUAUACAAGUCGUUAUAUUUCUUUUACAGUGGGCGUGUUUGUUGAGAUAUCGGGGUUUUGUUUCUUAUUAACCUUUUAACUGACCCAAGGGAAACAUCUUAAUGAAGGUUUUCAUUCAAUAUCUCUUUUAUAGUAGAUAGCAAAUUAAAAUAUUUUCUGUGGGCGUGCUCAGACACUGAUCGUAUUCUUUGCUACGUUUAGGCCUCUCCAUGUCUCUUUCUCCCUUUCCUCAUUUCUUUCUAAGCAUUAUCGGGUUGCACGUGUAUGGAACAUCCUCUGAAUAUUUGGUCACAUAAAAAAAAAACAAAAAGGCUGCGUUUAGUUUCGUUAUGGAAUUUUUCAUCAAAAUGGACUCAUAGCUGAGAUAAGAACUAAAUAGUGUUUACUACACUGUUAAGAAUAAAUUUUAAAUUUUGUUUAGAAUUUCAAAUGGUGGAUGGGUGUUGAAAGCUCAUUCUGGAACGAUGUUAUGUUUUCUUGUGUUUACAUGUCUACU